AUGGAGCACCUCGCAUACUGUGUGGUUGUCGUUGAAUCACUAGGGAGGCAAAUUCCCAUUGCCUUUCUGGAAAGGGUGAAGGAGGACUUCAGCAAAAGAUAUGGAGGAAAAGCUGCAACUGCUGCAGCCAAUAGCCUUACCCGUGAAUUUGGGUCCAAGCUGAAAGAGCACAUGCAGUACUGCAUAGAUCACCCUGAAGAGAUUAGCAAACUCACAAAGGUGAAAGCUCAGGUUUCAGAAGUCAAAGGAGUUAUGAUGGAAAACAUUGAAAAGGUUCUUGAUCGUGGUGAGAAAAUUUAGUUGCUUGUCAAUAAGACUGAGAACCUUUGCUCUGAGGCAUAGGAUUUUAGACAGCAAGGAACACAAAUCAGGAGGAAGAUGUGGCU